AUGGCCGCCGCGGGGGCCUCGCCCCAACGGCCUCCACAACGGCCUCGGCCCAACGGCCGGGCCCCAACGGCCGGGCCGCCAGGGGGUCUGGCCCCAACGGCCUCGCCCCAACGGCCGGGCCGCCAGGGGUGCUCUGCAUUGUUUUUUGGGCAUCCACUGGCCACCUUUUUCCAUCUGUUUUUCCAAUGAAGUGCUGUCGUUACCUACUGGUUCUGUGACUGGUUUAGCAACAGCUUUGUUGCCUGUUUUGUCACUGUUCUCCUUCUUCUACCCUUUGACUUUUGGUCAGUGAAGAACACGACAGGCAGACUCUUGGAUGGUUUAUGUUGGUGGAGUCAGAUUGAUGAAGAUGGAAAAAGCCACUAGGUGUUUGAAGCAAAAAGAGUAAGUAGGCACAGGGUAUCUACCAUAGCUGCCUCACCUGAAGUUGAAGCUCAAAUCUUUUGGCUUGGUCUCAUUAUCUGUCCAGUUCUGUGGACAGUGUUUUUCUUUAGCACCUUGUUUUCCUUGAAGCUGAAAAGGCUGACUCUUGUGAUAGCUGGGAUCUCCCUUCAGACUACUAAUUUUGUAUGGAUACAUCCAUAA